AUGAAUUUGUUCAAGCAGAAGGAGAAGACACCAAGUUCUAUAUCUCAUAUUUUAAUAAAUAAGCAAAAAGGAAAGUUCCCCGAACCGCUGAUUUCGAUAAGACAACUGGAAGAGAAGGAUAUAAACGAAGUAAGGCAGUUGCUACACGACCACUUCAACUCACUGACACUGCCUGCAGUUAUAUAUUGGUCCAUACAACACAUUUAUGAUUUGCUAGUCAUCGUGGUGAUAAAUUAUAUCUUUUUUCUGGAUUUAAAGAAAAUUUUUUAUUUCUUGAUUAUAUUUUUAAUAUAUUUGUACAUAAGGGCAAAGCUGGAAUUUCUGAACCAUAUAAGAAAUGACUGCCCAGAUUUGGAGAAUUUAUAUAAAAGCUACAUAAACGUGGAGGGUUGCAAUUUUUGGGUAGCGGAGGUUUUUGAUAAUAAUUUUGGCUCGGCCAGCAGAACGACAUGUAGUGAUAUACACGAAAGGGAAAAGAUUUUACUGGAACAGGAGGAACAGGAGAAGUUGUUAUGCAAUGAGAAGGGAGAACAAGAAGUAAAAAAUUCCGAUGAAGAAAAUAAUAGCAAGUGCUUGAAAGAUGGGCCAUCGAAGGGCGGAGUGUUCGAAAGUGGUGAAGAAUCGAAUGAGGAAAAAAUGUUACAGAAAAAUAGCUUUAGCAGAAGGGAAGACAGAAAUAUAAAUGCGGGCCAUUCCAAAAAGGAAAAAAUCAUAACCACAAAUGAGGGUGAUAAGGACGGGGGCGUCAAUCAAGGGACAAAUUCUGAACAAAGUGGAACCAAAAGGAAUAUUGUGAAUAUGAUGGACCUUGGAGAGUGCAAAUCACCUAAUUACAAUGAUAUUUAUUAUAAAUCGAGUAGUAAGUCACCCAGUAGGGGUGUAGACGGGUCGAAUACCCCCGGAGGAGGGGUGAAUCCUUUGAAUGGCACGUCGGAGGUUGAGGCCAUGGACGAUAAGGACGACAUGGAUGGGAGGAAAAAAGGUAAAGGGAAUAGCAGCAAAAAUGGGGAACAUGGUAAGAAUAGUAAUGAUAGCAAAUGUGAUGAUGAGGGAUACAGGGAAAAUGGAAACACUACCAUUGGAGGAACCAAUAAUGAUAUGAAUGAGAGUAACAGCCGAACGGUGGAUCACGUCACCGAUCUGCAGAACAGUUUACCCAGUGGUAGUGAGCAGAGAACGAAGCUUCUCUGCAACAUAGGCGAUAUUGCCAACAAGGAGCUUAUUGAAAGUAGAAGAACAGUUCCAUAUCGGUUAGAUGAAAUUAGGAGAAAUAUAUUCCGAUCCAAAACAAACGAUGAUGAUGAUUCGACCUUUCGUUUUGUGAACAGAAAAAUAGUUGGCUGCGUAGGAAUUGUGCCAUUCAAGGGGGACAAUUCUAUAGCACAGCUAGUCAGAAUGGUCGUAAAGAAGGACAACAGGCGAAUGAGAAUAGGGAGCAGGUUGCUAACCCAGUUGGAGAAUUUUGCACAUGAACAAAAUUAUCAAGAAUUAAAAGUUUUCACAAAUAAUUUGAAUACGGACAGUUUAUAUUUUGUUAAACAAAAUGGCUUUAAUUUAUCUCAAAUAGUUCGGAGGGGUCUGAUGCGUGGCGACCUGCUCAUCUGGUCCAAGAUCCUUAACAAGGACGAUUUUUACAAGUUCAAUUCGUCAGGUACGAACCAGUAUGUCAAGUCUAUGAAUUUGGGGGAAUAUUGA